AUGAUGCUGCUUUUCAGAGGACACAAUGCGCCAGCAUUUCUUGGAUUCGAGAACCAGGAUUUGUCAAAUAUUGCCUAUGGCGACGUUCAUGUGCCUUCAAUAGCGUUGAAAGAUAUUCCUGUUCAACGUGAACAGUUGAGGCUCAAGCUCAGCUAUGGCAAUAAAAAAGUGACGACGUUCAAUGCGGACCUAUCUCAAAAGCAGGUCACAAAAUCGGGCUUCUCCUUGGUAUGGCAACCGACGGACGCGUCCACGUCAGCGUCUAUCGUCAAGUUCCCAUUCGAGCGUCGAGCGUCAAAGGAUCUCCUAGUGGAACUGGAAGUUUUUGACAAGAUGUUCCUGCAACGAAAGGAUGUGAUUCGAUUAGUUGGGAAAGUGUCACUUGAUCAAGAAUGUAAAUUUCGCUAG